AUGAGGAAACAUGGAUGGCAACUUCCUUAUCAUCCUCUUCAGGUGGUGGCUGUUGCUGUGUUCUCGGCUUUGGGGUUUGCUUUCUACGUCUUCUUUGCUCCUUUUGUUGGCAACAAGAUUCAUCAGUACAUUGCCAUGGGCAUCUACACUCCUCUGAUUACAUGUGUGGUUGGACUGUAUGUAUGGUGUGCGGCUUCAGAUCCUGCAGACCGUGGAGUUUUCAGGUCAAAGAAGUACCUUAAAAUUCCUGAAAACGGGAAAUUUCCUCAAUCAAAGGAUGCCAAAGAUGGCUGUGAAAAUGAUCAAGAAAACAAGAAACUGGAGCCAUCGCAAAGAUCUUCUCUCCUGCGUUUCCUUUGCUCUCCUUGUGCAUUGCUUUGUAGCUGUUGCAGUGGGAAAGAUGAAUCUUCUGAGCAGCAGAUGAGUGAGGAUGGGAUGUUUCAUUGCACUCUAUGCGAAGUUGAGGUCUUCAAAUACAGCAAGCACUGCAGAGUUUGUGACAAGUGCGUUGACCGUUUUGAUCAUCACUGCAGGUGGCUAAACAACUGCAUUGGCAAAAGGAAUUACAGAAAGUUCUUCAGCCUUAUGGUCUCAGCUAUUUUCUUGCUCAUUAUGCAAUGGUCAACUGGGAUCUUUGUGUUAGUACUAUGUCUACUCAGAAGGAACCAGUUCAACACAGACAUUGCCUUAAAGUUGGGAAGCAGCUUCUCGCUAGUUCCAUUUGUUAUAGUCGUUGUUGUUUGCACUCUACUAGCAAUGCUGGCAACGCUACCUGUUGCUCAGCUUUUCUUCUUCCACAUUCUUCUCAUCAAAAAGGGAAUCAGUACAUACGACUACAUAGUUGCACUUAGGGAACAAGAGCAAGAGCUAGAAGAAGGUGGUGGAGGAGGUCAACAAAGCCCUCAAAUGUCAAUGAUCAGCUCCUUCACUGGACUAAGCAGUGCAAGCUCCUUUAAUACAUUUCAUCGUGGAGCUUGGUGUACCCCACCACGUUUGUUUGUUGAGGAUCAGUUUGAUGUAGUUCCUCCAGAGAAUGCAUCAGUAAGUUCAUAUGGGAAGAAGACAGUGGUUGAGGAACGCAUCAAGAAGAAGACACAACCUGUAAAGAUCAGUCCAUGGACUCUAGCGCGUCUCAAUGCAGAAGAAGUCUCAAAGGCAGCAGCAGAAGCAAGGAAGAGAUCCAAAAUUAUCCAGCCUGUGGCGAGGAGGGAAGUAAGCAGCAGCAGCCUUGGAAAGCAGCAGAGAAGGCAAUCUAAUCGCAUAAGGUUACCAGGAGAAUUGCCUCUAGAACGGUUGAUGAAUGUUCAGACAAGAGCAGCUAUGGUGGAGACAUCAACUAGCUCAGGGCUAGCUCCUCUUCAGCUAGAAGCAAGAAGCGCGUUUCAGACAAGCAGAGCAAUGUCAGGGUCAGGUGGUGUUAUGGUGACAUCUUCACCAGAGAGCAGCUUAGACUCGCAUGACAUUCACCCUUUUAGAGUGUCGUCUGAAGCUGAAGGGUCGGUGCAGCAGCUAAACGGGUUUUCUUCAGCUGUUGGUCUGAUGGGCCAACAGAGAAGACAGCAACAGCAGUCCAUGAUGUUGAUGCCAUUGUCGAGGUCAACAAGUGGUGGAUACGAUGCUUCUGGUGGAGAAGACAGUGAUCAGGUUCCUUCUAGAAACAUCCACAAAUCAAGAUGAGAAGUAUAAUAAUAAUCACUGAGUUUUGGCUCCUAGAGUAAUGGUAGAGAAUCCUUGAGGCAUUCUUUGAUAUAUGGCUGGGUCACAUUCAAAUAGAUGUUGAUCAAGAAAAGUCUUUACAUUCCCAGACAAGUGACUUAUGGACAUGAUCGUUUAGGGAUUGACCAGAACGUUGGUGCAUUAGAAGUAAAUUUGAUCAGAUUUGAUGUACAGAAGAUGAGAUUUUAGUUCAGCUACCUCUCUGCUCAUUCAUUAACUGCACUUUCUCCCAACUUCAAACUAUUCAGUUUUUCUAUCUACUCUCUCACUUUUGUCCUUUAUGUUGUUUAUGUGACUUUCACCUUUCCAAACUUCCACAGCUUUCUUUAUUUGAGAGCAUUAAUUUUUAGCCC